AUGACACUUAUAUUUGCUAAUUACCAUGAUAUUGCGCAGAUGUUGUUAGUGACAACGAGGAUAUUGUGGAAACCUAACAUGGGCCAUGGUCGAAACAGUUUCAGAAUGAACGUCACGACGGUCAUCUACAACGGUGCGACAAGCAUCGGUUUUGAACUUGAAAAAUACACCAAGGCGAUGAAUAUCAAUAUGAAUAGCGACAAUGAUCUUGACGUUUCGCCAGUGACUUUAUCAUCGGCCUGGUCCAGAGUGGCCCGACUUUUGCUGUUGGCCUCCCUCGCCGUAGGCGGGAGCGUGGGUAAUGUCUUCAUGAUAUCCGCUGUCGUAGUGGAGGAUCAGCUGAACAAGCGAGGAAACGCAUUCCUCGUGAACGUGGCGCUGGCGGAUUUGCUGGUGACUGGUCUGGUAAUACCGGUCUCGGUGAUCGUAAUCCUGGCGGGUUAUGCGGAAUCCCUGGGUGCUUGCCGAUUCGAGUGGACCCUCGAGGCUCUUUGCUUCCUGGUGACCGUACUAACGUUGGCCACAAUCGCCGCCGAAAAUUACGCACGUCUGUGUCUGCCCGCCGAAAGAUACGCCAGUCUGACAGCAGGUCGUGUAACAGCUAUAAUUAUCGUCGUCUGGCUAAUCGCCAUGACUGUGGUGGCUUUGCAAUCGUUUUUGGACAUAGGUCCUGACUUUUGUCGUCGCAGGCUCAGCGGUAUUGCGAUGGAACAAGCGGUGGGGGCAAGUAUAUUGGUUGGAUUGCCAGCUUUGACGACCAUCUUCCUCUACGUGAAGCUGGUGAUAUGUGUGCGACGAGCCACGAGAGGCUCGUAUAAGCCACCAGCCGCCUUCUCCUGGGACUAUGAGCUCACAAAGACGAAUAUGUUCAGCUGCGUGAUGUUCGUCGUGUUCUGGUUGCCAUUUGGCCUGGCGGUCUGCGUGAAUUCCUUCGUUCCGGUGAGCACACGUGUGCUCUACAACCUGGCCUGGUUUGCCCUGUCCAAGUCCUGCUUCAACAAUCUGCUUUACUGCGUGGCGGACCGUCACUUUCGCAGCGCUUACGUCAAACUUUUUCACUACUGCUGCUGUAAGACCACGGUAAGCUUCUCAAGGAGGCCACGUGGCGGUGAGGGUAGAAAUUCUAGCGACGUGCGCCUCAGAGUACACAUUAUUCACUCGUACGCGAGUCCAUCAUCCUGUCGUCCGACUGUGGCCAGACCGAACGGACGUGACGUUUACGAGCUUUAGAUGCGAUGCGAUGCGAUGCGACGCACGUACAGAGUGUAGAAAGCAGAGGUCGAUAAAGAUGUCUGUCCAGACGUUAAUUCUGCAAUGAGCAAUCUGUUUUUGCGAGAUUGAGCAGUCAUUGCAUCGACAUUGUAUAAACAAUGUCGCACGAGGACUGCUUCUGGUAUGGCCUUACAAUUAAU